CCAUCUUCAUCUACAAAUACCUAUGUUUGAACGCACAUCCAUUGUCCCCUUAACCUUCUUGGCAAUAAAUUUCCAUCUUCAUAAUCACCAAACUUCAUGGCGUCUUCGUUCCAGGAACUACACUCUGUGUUACCAUUACUUCUGUUCAACCUUGUUCCUCUGUUCCUGCUCUCUGGUCAAGAACUUGCUUUUGCUUCCUUUGCAAUUUCUUUUGCUGGUGCAGAUCACACAAUUGCAGUAGGGAAUAUGGAAGCAGAAGCUCUUCUAACAUGGAAGGCUAGUCUUCACAACCAAAGCCAAGCUGUCUUGUCGUCGUGGACUGGAGGCAGCCCUUGCGAUUGGACAGGCAUCUAUUGUAAUGAGGCUGGAAGUGUCAUCAACAUAAGCCUGUCAAAUUCUAGAUUGAAAGGUACGCUUCAGAGUCUCAACUUUUCGUCCAUUCCCAAUCUCGUUGAGAUUCACCUAUUUGGCAACUCAUUAUAUGGAACUAUUCCUUCAUAUAUUGCUAACCUUUCCAAGCUUACUUUCCUUCAAUUGGAUUUGAAUGAUAUAUCUGGAAGUAUUCCAUCUGAAAUAAGCUCAUUAACAAGUCUUGGAUUUCUUGCCCUGUCAGAAAACCUUAUUACUGGCUCCAUUCCUCAAGAAAUUGGGAUGUUGAAUUCUCUUUCUUAUCUUGAUUUGUCAUAUAACAAACUUAGUGGUGCUAUUCCUGCAUCCAUAGGAAACUUAAGCAAUUUGAAACGACUGUACCUACAUGGAAAUGAACUUUCAGGUUCCAUACCCCAAGAAAUUGGACUACUCACGGCUCUCAAUACGCUACACUUGUCAGAGAAUAACCUUACUGGUGCAAUCCCAACUUCUAUAGGAAAAUUGACAAAACUAGCUUCUCUCAUGCUUUAUAACAAUGGACUUUCUGGUGCUCUCCCUAUAGAGAUGAAUAAUAUUUCUGCAUUGAAAACAUUCCAAAUAAAAUCCAAUCGAUUUGUUGGCCAUUUACCUCAAGACAUUUGCCUUGGUGGAUUGCUUGAAAAUAUCUCUGCUUCUGACAAUAAUUUCACGGGCCCUAUCCCAAAAAGCUUGAGAAACUGCAGUAGCUUAAUAAGAGUCAGGCUUGAGAAAAACCAACUUACAGGGAAUCUAGCGGAUGAUUUGGGGAUAAACCCACGGUUGAACUAUUUAGAUUUGAGUGACAACAAAUUCUAUGGCAAACUUCCAUCGAAAUGGGAGGGCUUCCUACGUUUGUCAACAUUGAAAAUCUCAAGUAAUAAUAUUUCGGGCCAAAUUCCACCAAACCUGGGAAAUGCAACUGUGCUGCAAGUAAUUGACCUCUCUUCAAAUCACAUUGUUGGAGGGAUUCCCAAAGAAUUAGGGAAAUUAAAGUUGCUCGAACUAUUUCUUAAUGAUAACCAGCUUUCAGGUGGCAUUCCACAUGAAAUAAUGGUAUCUGACCUUGAACGUCUCAACUUGGCAGCAAACAGUUUAAGUGGAUCGAUUCCUGAACGACUUGGAGCAUGCUCAAAACUAUUGACCUUGAAUCUUAGCAACAAUAGUUUUAAAAGCAGCAUUCCUCCAGAGAUUGGCAAUUUGCAUUUUCUGGUAAAUCUUGAUCUCAGUCGUAAUUUGUUGAUGGAUAACAUCCCGUCACAACUCGGAGAACUACAAAUGCUUGAGACAUUAAACCUCUCCCUCAACAAGCUAUCAGGUACCAUCCCAAUCUCUUUCAAUAAUUUGGUGAGCUUGACAACAGUAAACAUAUCCUACAAUGAGUUGGAAGGCCCUGUUCCCAACAUUAAAGCCUUUCAAGAUGCUUCUUUCGAUGCACUUAGAAACAACAAGGGCCUAUGUGGCAAUGCAACCGGAUUGAAAGCCUGCGUCUCUCCUAAAACCAAUAGAACUGCACGGAAAAUGGGUUACAAAAUUAUAACACUGAUUGUUCUUCCUGUUUUAGGUGGUCUGUUUCUAUUUAUUUUCCUGCUUGGAGGUCUUUUCAUUCUUCGCCACAAGACUAAAAGCAGAAAAUCCAGGUCAGGGGACGAACAUUGUAUAGACAUUUUCAAAUCAUGCGGCCUGCAGGAUGGAAAAAUGCUAUAUAGAGACAUUAUUAAGGCCACUGAGGAUUUCAGCUCCAAUUGCUGCAUUGGAGUAGGGGGAUAUGGAAUUGUUUAUAAAGCUGUGUUGCCAACAGGUCAGGUGAUUGCCAUAAAGAAACUUCACCAAUCACAAGAUGGUAAGACAUCUAAUUUGAAGGCAUUUAGAAGUGAGAUUCGUGCUCUAUCUGAUGUACGACAUCGAAACAUUGUGAAGUUAUAUGGUUUUUGUUCACAUCCAAAGAACUCAUUUCUGAUUUACGAGUACGUAGAAAGAGGAAGCUUGAAGAUGAUUUUGAGUAAGGAUGAAAAGGCAAUGGAGUUGGAUUGGAAGAAGAGGCUUAAUAUUGUAAAAGGAAUAGCUAAUGCAUUGUGCUAUAUGCAUUGUGAUUGUUCUCCCCCGAUUGUUCAUCGUGACAUUUCCAGCAACAAUGUUCUUUUGGAUUUAGAGUACGAGGCUCAUGUUUCUGAUUUUGGCACUGCAAGGCUCUUGAUGCCUGACUCCUCCAACUGGACCUCAUUUGCAGGCACCUUGGGUUACGUAGCUCCAGAGCUAGCCUAUACCAUGAAAGUGGACAAAAAAUGCGAUGUGUAUAGCUUUGGAGUGGUGACACUUGAAAUAAUAAUGGGAAGGCAUCCAGCAAGUAUUAUCUCCUCACUUUCUUCUGCAGCAUCAGCGACUUCAUCGCCAACAUCUUCAACAAUUGAUCGAUGUACACCAUUUGUGGAUAUAAUAGACCAACGGCUCCCACCUCCUCAAAAUGAAGUUGCUGAGUUUGUUGUCUAUAUUGCCAGGCUUGCAUUCGCAUGCCUCUGUGGUAAUCCCCAAUCUCGGCCAACCAUGCAGCAAAUUUCAAUGAAGCUAAUAUCAAGGUGGUCUCAUUUGGCGAAGCCAUUUUCCAUGGUAGAGUUGGGGGAAUUAUUGGGUCAUGAAGAUGUCAUUGUAUAAACUAUAAAGACUAAUUUACCACUAAGUUUUGAAGUGUGGCAAAACCCAUAAAUUAGUCCCUGUCAUAUUUUUUAAUAAUAAUUUGGUUCUCAAAAU